AUGGGUGGUUGUUGCGUCUCAACGCCUCUCGUGAACGAUCAACCUCCUCCGCAACAGCCACAGACUCAGCAUGUCGAACCCAAGAACGAUGAAGUCAAUAACGACGAACUCAAGAACGACGGAUUCAUCAACUGGCCUUUCACAGAGUUCUCCCUCUCCGAUCUCACGACGGCUACCAAGAACUUCAGUUCCGACGAGAUCAUAUCAGAGAACCGAGAAGAAUCUUCCAAUGUCGUCUUCAAAGGUCUUUUAUCAGAGAAUCUUGGCUUCGUCGCUGUCAAAGUAUUCAAGAUUACGCCUCAGGAGGAUCAUCCUGACUACUUCGCGAAAGUCGCAAAAGAAGUUGGGAAGCUAAAGCACAAGAGACUCGUCAAGUUGUUAGGAUACUGCAGCGAUGAAGAUGAAGGGUUUCUUGUUGCAGAGUUCAUGCCUAACGAUACUCUUGCUAAGCGUUUGUUCCAUCAGAAAAACAUGGAAUGGUCAAUGAGGUUGCGAGUGGCGUAUCAUAUAGCGGAAGCAUUGGAUUAUUGCAAUACCGCUGGUUUUGACUUGUACAAUAAUCUAAGUGCUUACACAGUUCUGUUUGAUAAGGAUGGUGAUGCGUGUCUAUCCAGUUUCGGCUUGGUGAAGGGGAUCAAUGAUGAUCAAAGAUCAACAGGAAGUGUGAACCCUCAAAAUGUGACGUACAGAUUUGGCACUAUCCUUGUGAAUCUGAUAAGUGGGAAGCAAAUUCCUCCAAGCCAUGCUCCUGAGAUGAUACUUGGAAAGACUCUUGACCAGUUGGUAGAUCCAUACCUGAAGGGGAGGUUCUCCAUGGAUGAAGCUACCACAGUUUUCAAACUCGCCACUCAAUAUCUGCGGCACGAGGAUCAAGAGAGUCCCACCACAAGAGAGAUUGUUGCAACGCUUGAAACCUUGCUAACUAGACCACAAGUUCCAUCUCAUGAAGUGAUUGAAACGACAACGCAACAAGAGGAGGCAUCAUCGUCAACUCAUCUUUCGCCACUAGGAGAGGCCUGUUCGAGAAUGGACCUUGCAUCUAUUCAUCAAAUCCUGGUGUCGACAGCAUACAACGAUGACAAGGAUUUAAUCGAGUCAUCUUUCAGAGAAUGGACAGAGGUGCAAGAACUUCAAGACGUACGAAAACAAGGUGACCAAGCCUUCGAAGAGCAAGACUUUAAAACCGCCAUCGCCUUUUAUUCGCAGUUCAUUGAGAAUAGGAAACUGGUGUACCCAAGUGUUUAUGCCAGGCGUAGUAUAAGCUAUCUGUUCUGCAAUGAGCCAGAUAACUCUCUCCUUGAUGGGAUGACAGCACAAAAUGUGUACCCGGAUUGGCCAACCGCCUUCUACUUGCAGUCUGUGGCCUUAGCCAAACUCAACAUGAACUCUGACUCUACUUAUAUGUUGAAAGAAGCAGCUAUUCUUGAAGCAAAGAGACAUCAACAGUGA